AUGGCCCAGCGCAACCAGCUGGCGGCGCAGCAGCGCAUGAAAAGCGGCGCGCCCUCCGAGCAGUAUGCCGACACCCUGGAGCAGUUGUUCAACGCGCUCAACCCUGAAUCUGGCCCCCCCGGCAUCGCGCGCACCUUUACCGACGUAGCGUCCCGCCUGCCCGCUGUGCAAACCCUGGACCGCCAGGCCCAGGCGCUGCAGCAAGAAUGGCAAACUCUGCGCAACACUUGGCAAACCGCAGGUGUGGAAGGCAGCGUGCUAGACCGCCAGCUCGCCCAGGAAGCCGUCUUCCUGGACAAGCAUGAACAACUGGUCAAGCGCAUCGAAGCCGUGCAGGCAGGCGGUAGCGGCCAGACUGCCGCCCUGCAGGUGCUCAAAGAGUUUGUGGACGCAGAAGCCCCCCGCAAAACCCAUCUGCCCGUCAACCUGAACAAGCUGCCCUGGCAGGCAGAGCGUGCCCGCCCCCAAGCGCCCAUCCAGGUGGAUGCCUCCGAAGCAGAGCAGCCCGCAGCCGCCGCCAAGGCCGCUACCGUGCAAAGCACCAAAGCCGCCAGCGCCCCCAGCGCAGCCGAUUUGGCGCCCACUGUGGAAGCCCCCCAUACCGACGCCAUCAAAUCCCUGGCCCAAACCCUGGGCCACAACCCCCACAAGAUCUACCAGUGGGUGCACGACAACAUCUACUACGUGCCCACCCAAGGCAGCGUACAAGGUGCGCAAGACACGCUCGACAAGAAAUCCGGCAACGCCGUCGACACCGCCAGCCUGCUGAUUGCCCUGCUGCGCGCGAGCAACAUCCCCGCGCGGUACGUUACCGGCACCGUAGACAUCCCCACCGCCCAGGCCCUCAACUGGGUGGGCGGCGCGCAGACCGUAGACGCAGCCCAACAAAUCUGGGGCCAAGGCGGGGUCAACAACGUUGCCCUGGUCUCGGGCGCACAAACCAAAGCCCUGCGCAUCGAACACACCUGGGUCGAAGCCCUCAUCCAAUACCAACCGGGCCGAGGCACCCGCCACACCCCCGGCCAAAGCACCCCCGACACCUGGGUGCCGCUGGACGGCAGCUUCAAGCAAUACACCUUCAAGCCAGGCAUGGACUUGGCCACUGCCGUACCCUUGGACGCCCAGGCCCUGCUCAGCGCAGCCCAGCAAGGCGCAGAAACCAACCCGGCCGAAGGCUGGGUGAGAAACCUCAACACCACAGCCCUGCAAAGCCAGCUCAGCAGCUACCAAGCCCGCCUUAAAACCUACAUCGACAGCCAAAACGCCGGCCAAAGCACCGUAGGCGACGUGCUGGGCCAAAGAACCGCCACCAUAGACCCCAUGCCCUACCUGGCAGGCACCUUGCCCUACAGCAUCAAAACGCGCAGCCAAACCCACAGCGACCUGCCCGCCAGCAGCAAAGCGCAGUUCAAAUACGAAAUCUACGCAGACGCCCGCAGCGCCGCCUGGGGCGACAGCCCCCUGCUGAGCUGGAAAACCCCCACCGCCGCCAUCGCUGGCAAAAAGAUCACCCUGGCCUGGGUAGCAGCCAGCGCCGCCGACGAAGCAGCCAUUGCCGCGCUCAUUCCCAAGCCCGCUCCCGGCCAACAGCUAGACCCCAGCCAACUGCCCCGGGGCCUGCCCAGCAGCAUCCACCUUAAGCCCCAAAUCUCUGGUAGACGGCACCGUGGCCAACAAACGGCACUGGGCGUAAGCAUCCAAGGCAUCAGCCAAGCCCAGCUGGAAACGCUGAGAGCCCGGAUGAAGGUGAAUGAGCAGAAGCUUGAACAAGCGCAGGCCGCUCCUGAAGCGCAGCGGGCGGCCAUCUUGCAAGGCAUGACUGGCGAAAAUUUGACGGGGGAUCUGCUGACAGGAACGAUGUGGAGUUACUUCGCCAGCCUGCAGAGCCACGGCGCAAUCGCCAGCGCCCAGGCCCAAAUGAUCGACCGGCCAGCCUUGAGCUACGGCCUGUUCCACGCCCAGGUCAAACCCAACAAGCUGUAUGGCAUCGUGACCACGGGCAUUACCUUCCAAGGGCUGAACAUGGACAUCGGGCACCUGCGGCACACCCGGUGGGUCAAGAAUGACGAUCCCCAGGCGGCGAUCAACGCCAAACCGGAACUCACCGCAAACGGCAAAACUGCAGCGCAAAACCGGUGGAUUGCGUACAACAAGCUGCGGGGGCAAUACAGCAGCGCCAUGGAGCACGCGGUGCCCGAACAGCUGUGGGUGGACAAAAGUCAAUGCCGGUACACGGAUGAGCAAGGGCAAAUCAGCAACCCCACGCUGGCGGAAUGCGCGCAAGGGAUCAGCGCAGUGAAUGCCAUUGCAAUCGCCCAAGCUGCAGGCCAGCGCAUCUACACCAUCAACCAAAGCAACGCAGCUACUGCCUUGCCCAGACUGCCGCUUGGCGGCACAGUGGGACAGGAGAUUACUUCGGCUGUCCAGGCAGGCAAGGAAGUGACAUUCCAUGAACGUGCGAUUAACGCGCAUGGAUUUUCGGGGUACGGGUAUGUGAUAACGGACCCGGAAACGGGAGCUGGGGCCUACAUGAUCGAGGGCAGGGGUAAUGGUGGGUGGAUGGAUUUGGUGAACUGGGUGAAAGAUAAUCCAGGGUGGUCCGCAAUUGCUGCCUUGGUCUUGGGAAUAGUGGCAGGGAUUGGGGGGUGGCUUGGUGCAAUUCUGUUGUUGAUGUCUUUUGUUAUUUCUGCUAUUUCUAUCUACCACGACAUGAUGGCGAUCGCGAAUGCGGAAUGUGGUGUCCUUGGCUUGCAAGCAUUGUUUGGGGCGCUAACUGCUAUUGUGUUCGGGAUCGGUCUGCUUGGAGGUGCGGUGGGUGCUGCGAUUGCAUUGGCAAUAGCUGGAUAUCUCAUUUCGGCUCUUUAUGCUGAUGUGGCCGGUGCUAUUAAAAGAAUACCUGGUGUCUGCUGA